CAACAGCGCGUGAGAUUAUUCAAUGCAAGUGGAGCUGUUAUUAUUUUAGUUGAUUUCAUAAUUGCGCAGCUGUGAAAAGGCGCCGAGCGUUGCCAGGUGACACAAGCCGACGCCCUGCGCACACCAGUCAGCCGCAGAUGACACUCGCCGUCGUCCCCCCCCCCCCCCGUGUUACACCGGAGUCAGGUGAGCGUCAUUGGCGUGCGGCGUUCAAUUGCAGCGCUUCGCAGACGGAGACAUGGACGCCUCGUACGAGUGGGGCUUGGCGGUCAAGCAAAUGGGCCUGGUGGAGCAGCACUUUUUCAUCGACUACGGACAAGAGGAAAUAGUCGAUUACCGAGACUCCGGCCAACUUGUGGCGGCCCUGAAACAAAAGGAGGAAGAGGUUAUUUUGGCUGCCCAGCUGGGGAACGCGUUGCUGCUGGAGAACCGACAGCUCCGGGAGCAGGGCGACCAACUCCACGAGAAGUACGCGGAUAAGCUGGAGGAGCUGGAACAGAGCAACCACGAACUCCGCUUGAAGCUGGAGAGCUGCCAGUCUCAGUGGGCGAGUCAGGUGGGCGACCUGGAGAGCGAUGCCGGGGACCUGAGCGCUCGGGUGCAGCAGCUCACUCGGGCCCUCCGCCGGGCUGAGAGGGACCAGACCCGAGCUCAGGUGGAGUUCGGCGAGAACGCACAGCGACUGCAGGACAAGCUCAACGCUGCGAUGGAAGUGGAGCGGGUCAUGGCGAGCGAGUUGCAGAGGCUAAAAGGAGACCUGAAAAAAACUACAAACCAAAACCUGCCCCGGGACGAGAAGGAGGAGGAGGAGGUCAUCAGCGCCAUGAGAGAGCAGGUGCCGCGCCUCACGCAAAGGGAAGAAGUUCUGGAGGAGCGUUUGGAGCGCGUCUGCCAGGAGAACGCCGACUUGAGAGCCGACUUGACGUCUUUGCAAACGCGUCUGGCGGCGCGCGACCGGCGGCUCUCUGAAGCGCUGCAGGAUCUGGAGGCGGCGCAGGGUCGCUCGCGGCAGCUUCAAGCCCAGUUGGAGGAGCUGGAAGAACAGGUCUCCCUCCAAGAGUCCAAAGACCUCGGCGAUGCGUCCCUCCUUUCCGAGCUGGACGUGGCUGACCGAGGAGUCGCUAAAGCGGAGCUAACAGAAGAAAUGGGGCUGAUCCUCGAGUUGCUGCAGCCGCUGGCCCAGAAAAGUCCCGCGCGUGAUGAGGAUGCGCAUCACGAGGACCGCCUGAAGGAGAUCCUGCAGCAGCUGAAGGCCGUGGCCCAAAGUGUGGCGGCGCAGGGCUCCGGCACGCAGAAUUUGCAACUGCAGCAGGAAAAUGCUGCAAUGAGGCAGAAGCUGCACAGCGCCAACGAGCAGGCCGAAGUCGCCCAGCAGGCCAUCAGAGACCGAGACGAAGCCAUUGUCAAAAAAACCCUGAUGGAGGCCGAGUUGGUCCGGAGUAAAGUCGAAAUGAUGUCACUGAACAAUCAAUUAUUAGACGCCAUUCAACGGAAAUUGGAACUUUCCCAGGAAUUGGAGGCCUGGCAGGACGACAUCCAGAUCGUCAUCAACCAGCAGCUGAGGUCGCAGCAGCAGCCGGAGCCGCCCCAGAAGAAGACGUCGUUCUUCCGCAAGUCCGGCAGGGCCGCCUUCCCCCGGGCCGGAGACGCCCACCAGGACAAGGCCCAGUCCCGGUGGCAGGGCUGGCUGAGACCCGGCAAAGGACCUUCGUAUGGAAAAUGACGGGUUUGGGUUUUUUUGGGGGGAGGAGGAGGGGGGGGGGGGCUGCUGCUCGUGAAAACCGGCAGGAAAUUAUGAUAUGUUGGGGGUGCAACAACUGACAAAUUUAUGAUUUGAAUGAACAAAUCAUCCCAUCCGGUGAGCAAACCUGAAACAAGUUUUUUUUUUUUUUUUCCUCUGUGAGGUUCAUCCUUAAGAUUGUAAAUAUUAAGUAUUGAUGAUUUAUUGAUUGACUUUUGUAUGGUUUAUGUCACAAGCAGCUGAGGUUUUGCUGUUAUGGGGGAAAAAAAAGAGAAGAAGCACUUGUAGUACAAUUAUUAUUAUUUUGUACUCUGUACUUUGCUCAAAGAGGCAAAAGAAAAAGAUUCUCAAAUUAUUCCAGAGAAGUUUAAGAAGUCAGCACUUACAUUUUCGUCAUUUUUAUUUGCGUUUUUGUAAAGUUAUUGUAAGUAACCGCAUUGGCCAAUUUAAUGUUUUUGUUUACCGAUCAGCAUUCCGUGUUCCGUCACGGUAUUGUUUACUUGAAAAUGUCUCAUUUUCAUAAUGCCGGUAUAUGAAAGAAACCUCUUGGUGUGUCUUAGUUGUAAUGACAGGAGAGUAAGCUGUAAUAAUAAUUAAUAUAUGGUAAUUAUUAAACUUCUAUGGAAAACUGAUUUUUUUUUUCAUGCGUAUAUUCACCCCAUUAAAAUAUCAAUGCCAUA